CACGUGGCCUGUAUAAAAGCGGAAGACUGAACUGAGAAUUGCGCACACCGACUCCAGAAGCAUCAGUCUCGAGGUAACUCCACACCCCAAAGCAGCAACAGCAACCAUGUCAGACCUCCGUGUUGGAAUCAAUGGCUUCGGUCGUAUUGGCCGUCUGGUCCUGAGGGCUUGCCUGCAGAAAGGCAUCAAGGUUGUGGCCAUCAAUGACCCCUUCAUUGACUUGCAGUACAUGGUCUACAUGUUCAAGUAUGACUCCACCCACGGCCGUUACAAGGGUGAGGUGUCCCAAGAGAAUGGAAAGCUCAUCGUCGAUGGCAGUGCCAUCUCUGUUUUCCAGUGUAUGAAGCCAUCUGAGAUCCCCUGGGGCAGCUCUGAAGCCCUGUACGUUGUAGAGUCCACUGGAGUCUUCCUCAGUGUCGAUAAGGCCUCUAGUCACAUCCAGGGUGGAGCCAAGCGCGUGGUUGUGUCUGCUCCCUCACCUGAUGCACCAAUGUUUGUCAUGGGAGUCAAUGAGAGCAAAUACGACCCGUCCUCCAUGACCAUUGUCAGCAAUGCCUCCUGUACCACCAACUGCCUCGCCCCCCUAGCCAAAGUCAUCCAGGAUAACUUUGGCAUCGAGGAGGCUCUCAUGACUACAGUCCACGCAUAUACAGCCACCCAGAAGACAGUAGAUGGUCCCAGCUCCAAGGCCUGGCGUGACGGCCGUGGUGCCCACCAGAACAUCAUUCCAGCCUCCACUGGUGCUGCUAAGGCAGUGGGCAAAGUCAUUCCUGAGCUCAACGGUAAGCUGACAGGAAUGGCCUUCAGGGUGCCAGUGGCUGAUGUGUCAGUGGUUGACCUGACAUGCCGUCUGUCCAAGCCUGGAUCUUAUGCUGAGAUCAAGGAAGCCGUCAAGAAGGCCGCACAUGGGCCCAUGAAGGGAGUGCUGGGUUACACCGAGGACCAGGUGGUUUCCUCCGACUUCAUUGGUGACACCCACUCCUCCAUCUUUGAUGCUGGAGCUGGCAUCUCCCUCAAUGACAACUUUGUCAAGCUCAUUUCCUGGUAUGACAAUGAGUUUGGCUACAGCCACCGUGUCGCCGACCUGCUGCUGUACAUGCACUCCAAGGAGUAGAUGCUUCCUUAUGAAAAAGGAAGUCAAGAUAGGGACCACCCCCCACCAUCUCCUCUUUUACACACAAGCCCCACCCAUAGCCAAGUCAUAGCAUCACGGCCUUUAGCUCUACUACAUUAUAUGUAGUCAGCAGCAACAGCGUGUUUGAGUGUUCUGUUUUUAUCCUUUAAUGAUGACAAUAUUGGUCAGUGGCAGUAUUUGUGUCUGUGUGCCCCUCUCACCUCCCUUUGCAACAUUAGAUGUGUCGUUAUGAAUCUUUACUAUGGUAACUACUGUAUCCAUCUCCCUGUUGGUGUGUUUGACAGGAUUAAUCACCAGUGGAAGGAGGAAGGUGAGAGGUAGAGCUACUGUAAUUCCACUUUAAGAGUAAAGAGACAAAGAAAUAAAACUUUACAAACUCA